AUGAACGAUGGGAGGCCGUCUGUGGGGGAGAAAGAGAGCGAUGGUGAGGAGGAUAACGGAGACGGCCCCAGGCCCGAGGAGACGUCAGAGCAUGCGCAGCGCCUCGAGCAAGCAGGCCAGUACAAGCACAUGAAUACCCUCCUUCACGACCUCCACGCCGAACAGAGGCAUCGGAUGCUCUUUUCCAGUCCACUUCCACCCUCCUACAACCCUGCUCUCCAUAACCUCUACGAGUCCAACCCAACCCACCAUCUGGAGCCCCUAGAGCCGCUCUCCAAGCUCGGGCCGUCUGUUCCGGCCUACUCGCAACCGAACGUUCCACGGGAACCUCACAAACCCCUCUCCUCAUUCCACAUCUCUAUCUCGUCGAAGGACGAUACGAGGAACCACACUGAAGAGCAACGCGUCACGGAGUUGUAUGAGGGCAGAAACAGAUUUCUCGGAGAGCUUUUCCUCAACCGGCGACGACAAUAUUACCAAGAGAGCGAAACUUAG